AUGCAUCCGUGGCAGAAACUUUAUUUGAUUGUUGAAUUAUGUGAGGGUGGUGAAUUAGGCGGAUGUAUUAAAAAGAUUGGUCCAUUACCCGAAGAAACAGUUAAACAAAUAAUGUCAAAAUUAAUAAGUGCAUUACAUUAUCUUCAUAAAAUGAAUAUUGUACAUCGUGAUCUUAAAUUAGAAAAUAUUUUAUUAAAAAAUUCUCCAAAAAAUAAAACUGAUGAAUUUGAUAUUCGAGUUACUGAUUUUGGUUUAAGUUCAAAACAAAGUAUUACUUCAACUGAUUCACUUUUUAAUGAUUAUUGUGGUACACCACUAUAUAUGGCACCUGAAAUAUUAGAAAAUAAAAAUUAUAGUGCACUUUGUGAUGUAUGGGCAAUGGGAGUUAUUAUGUAUUAUUUAAUAUGUGGUCGUCAUCCUUAUGUUGCUAAUGAUGAAAGACGUCUACUUGAAAUAAUUCGUUCACAAAAACUUCGAUUUGAUUCGGAAAAAUUUCGAAAUAUAUCAUCUGAAGGUCUUGAUUUUUUACAAGGAAUGCUUGUUUAUGAUACAGUUCAUCGUCGAACAAUGGGUGAACUUAUUGUACAUUCAUGGUUAACAGGUCGAUCUGAUAAAGAACCAGCUAAAGAUAUAAUAACAAUGAUGAAAGAAUUUCAAGCUGAAAAUGAUCAACGUCAAACAAAAAUUGAAAAUAAUUCCAUAACAGUAAUAAAUCCAACUGUAGAUAAUAUAAAUUUAUCAUCGAAUUUAAAUGAUCAAUCAAAAACAUCAUUAUCAUUAUCAUCAUCAUCAACGUUAAUUUCUCAGAAACAACAAGAAUCAUUGAAUAAUAAUUCAAAUCAAUUAAAAACCAAUAUAAAUACAUCAGAUUUACGUACUAUUGUUGAUAAAAAUAAAUUAAACUCUAAAACAACAAAUCGAUUGACAUCUGAUAGUCUUAGAACAUUUCGAGGUUCGACACAUGAUAUUAUGGGUAAUGCAUCAAAAUUUCAUCUACGAAAUAAACAAAUUGAUACCGCAACAGAUUUGACUGAUUCAAGUCAAAGUCGUCUAACAUUUAAUUCUCCCUCAUUUGUAUCUUCUUCGACAACUUUGUCAAGAUUACGAGCAGGUAACGUUCGGCUUGGUCGUUCUCAGUCUCAAGCUGAUAUGGCUUUAUCAUCGAAAUAUUCAUCACCACGUCAACAACAUUAUCAACGAACUAUUUUGAAUAGUACACUUAAUAAUGGUGUUUCAUCUUCAUCAAAUUUUGUAGGUUCAUCUUCUAAUGGUCAUACCAUAGAAAAUCUUUCUAAAAGUCCACCUACUUCCACAACUACUGCUUUAAUGAUGAUUAAUAAACAUUAUACAAAUAAUCAGUCAUCAUCUUUACCAACUAUGUCUAAUCAUCAGCAAGAUAAUGGAAAAAAAAUAUCUUUGUAUAAUAAACGUUAA